UGCAUCUUUUCUGACGCGUUAAAUAUAUCGUUAAUCGUCUGUUAAUCCCAGUCUUUUUACAAUAAUUUUUCAUUGCUUCCUGUAUUAGAGAUUUUGAUAAAGAUAUUCGAACUAUGUAUAAGAAUGGAGUUUUAAAUAUAUGUAUACGUGGCUUCUAUGACAGAUAUAGACUGAUAGAUGAUUAAUUAUUCUAAUCUUAUCGAAUGUUUCUUUCCUCUUGUGAAGUUUAGAUUACGUAUAGAUUCUUUUAUUGUAUUUUGUGCGAUAGAUAUUAAUUGAAAUAUUAUUAUGUGAAGUGAAAGGUUAUAUUUUGAGUUGCGUUAUAAUAAAAUGGCGUCUCUUCAUUACACAAAGAGUGGUAGACAAAUGACGAUGAAUGGGAAAAGACCAUCCUCAAUCCCACCCAGACAUCAGUCUGAAACUGCAGCACAACAUUUUGAUUUAAUUAAAUACAUUUAUGACUCAUGGAAUACAGUAUCAAGAGAAUUAGAUAUGUGCCACAAUCAACCGCACAGUAAUUCUUCUAAUUAUAGAAAUGGGGCAUCUGUCACAUAUUAUCAAGAACGAGAACCAAAUCCUCAACUCAAAGAUUUUGAGCCAUUUAACCUUGAAGCCUGGUGGGGACAGCGUGUUGUUCAAAGUAUUACUAGAAAUGCAAAUUCCUAGUGCCAGGCUCGACAUAUUGAUUAUAAUCGAACAUUCUCAAAUAGACAUAAGAAACAGAAAGAAUAAAUUCAGAGCUGCCGGAGAAAAUUUUUCCAUUUCUAGAAAGGAUUUAUUAUAUACUCAAAGAUAAGUGACACGAAGAGAGUAGUAUAGGUAUAAAUAAGUAUCUAGCAAUCAAUUUUGAAUCUUUUUGAUAACAAAGAUAGGAUAUUAGCAAAUAAUCAAAGAUGAAGAUGAAAGAAAAAGAAAGGGAAAGAGCAGGGUUAUGGAAACAUACAUAUUAGUAUGAACAUGACAUUCCUCUAAUCUUUUAUCAUAUUUUAACAUAAUAUCGCCUUUUCCUGAACCUUUUUACUCGUCGUGUUUUUAAAAGUAUUUUACAUAAAAAAUUGCAAUUAAGCUGUUUCUAAAAAUGUCUUUCUAAGAUUUGAGAUUCAGCAUGAUGAAUAAUUCAGAAAUACAGUGCAUGCUAAAACUAUUUAUUUUGUUUGCCAACGCAAGGCAAAUAUAUAAUUGUAAGUUUAUAUUAUAAAUCAAAUUUUCAUUAUUACAUAAUGAAAACAUUAGAGUGAUCUUUCCAUCUUUGUAAUUAAAAACUUACAUAUGAAAUGCUGAAUCAAGAGCACAUGAAUUAUAUAUAAAUUCUAUAUAUUUCGAUCGAAGGAAAUGUAUGAGAAGAGAAGUUGGAUUACCUUUUAAGGCUUAUGCAUAUAUUGCAUAUAUGUAUUUUUCCACGAAUUGCAUUUCACAAUUUUUAAUAAAUUUUUCCAUUUACAAACGUGUAACGAAAUCGCACUUCAAUGUAAAAAGAAAAAAAAAUUAAACAGGAUAAAUGGUUUGAGAUUCUCUAAAAGAAAGUUUAUUCACGUACGAGGACGUAGUAAAGUGCACCGCUAUUGAAGACGAAAACAAAUAAGUAUUUAAUUCUUACUCAGAAUAAUGUGAUAAUUAUUACAAUUUUACAUAAAAUUAAAUCGAUGCAAUUAUGUACAUUUAUUAUGUAUGUAUGUAUAUGUAAUGUACAUCUAUGCGUGUAUAGAUAUAUAUUAUAAUAUGUAAGAUUCAACUCGUAACAUUUUUAACAAUAAGCAACCAUAACAAUUAAAGUUUUUCUAAACUUGUGGACAUCUUUACCAAUUACUUCUAGUGGUAUUUUUUUAUGUACAAUUGAAUAGGAAAAGUAUUAUUAUAAUUAUAAUGAGGAAUCUAGUUCGAUACUGUUACAUGUUAUAAAGAUCGUUAUAAUGUUACAGAUUCGUGCACUUGAAAGAAAAGUAGAAGUCGCUAUGCAUAGUACUAUUGAGUCAAUGCCUUCAUAUAGUUUAAUAUCUCGUUAUUUCCAAGCAAAUGCGAAUCCUUAUCGAUCAUCGUCUCAACUUGAUGUAAUGCGUUGAGUUUUAAGGUCUUAACGAUUCGUUCCAAAUUACAGAGACUUCUUUCUAUCGCACGUUUCUCACUAUUAAGCAUCUAUAUUUAAUUGAAGAAUAAAAUUGAAAUUUUGUACCAAUUGCUCUGACAAAAUUGAUGUACGUUUUUUCAAUUGUAUUGUACGAAAUAUAGUAUAAGAAUAAACAA